AUGGAGCUCUUUUCUUCUUCAAGUAAACCAAACAACAGUAUUAUUUCUAAGCCAUUCGAUUUUCUCAAAACCAAAGCUGAAGAAUCAUCAAAAUCGCUACCCCUUUUGAGCUUUCUUCCUCUUGAACCAUGCAAUCUCGAGGGGAACUCAAGUUCAUGCAACAAAGUUGAAGACGAUGAAGAUGUUACUGUGGCAUUGCAUAUAGGGCUUCCUAAUAUAACUGAGAAGCUUGUUCUUGUUGAUGAAACUGAUGUUGUUCAUAACAAUAAUAACAACAUGAUGGAAAAUAUGCCAGUAAAUGUUGAAUACUGGAUACCUAGUCGUGCUCAAAUAGUCGCCGGCUUCACUCACUUCUCUUGCCAUAUAUGCAAUAAAACUUUCAAUCGCUAUAACAAUCUUCAGAUGCACAUGUGGGGUCAUGGAUCGGAAUACAGAAAAGGAGCAGAGUCGUUGAGGGGAACACAACCACGGGUGAUGAUAGGUGUGCCUUGCUAUUGUUGCGAAGAUGAAUGCAAGAACAACAUUAAUCAUCCAAGGUCAAAGCCUCUUAAAGACUUUAGGACACUCCAAACACAUUACAAAAGGAAACAUGGGACAAAGCAUUUUUCAUGUCGAAAGUGUGGAAAGAGUUUUGCUGUAAAAGGUGAUUGGCGUACACAUGAGAAGAAUUGUGGUAAACGGUGGUUGUGUGUUUGUGGUUCUGAUUUCAAGCAUAAGAGAUCACUUAAAGACCAUAUUAUGUCGUUUGGUGUUGGACAUGCUCCAUCGCCACCAUCUUUUCGUGCAGUAGAUCUACACGAGCCGAUAAUUGAAAGUUUAGAAUGA